AUGACUUUUGCCCGUUCGUUAUCGACCAGCUCCAAAAGCCUCGCUAAAACAGCCAAAACUGCUGCAAAGCCAUCUGAAAUCGUCUAUGGCCCCCUCUCCAAGGCCCAAAAAGCAUACCUUGACCGCGUGAUCCGUGUGGAUCAAGCAGGAGAGCUCGGCGCCAACUAUAUAUACAGAGGCCAAUAUAUGGUCCUAGCUGCUCAAUAUCCACACUUGAAACCGGUAUUGCGUCAUAUGUGGGACCAGGAGAUUCACCACCACAACACCUUCAAUCGUCUCCAGACACAGAGAAGAGUUAGACCAUCGUUGUUGACUCCAUUUUGGAAAAUGGGAGCAGUGGCCAUAGGAGCAGGUACAGCGCUCAUUGGCAAGGAGGCAGCAAUGGCAUGUACUGUUGCCGUUGAGACGGUGAUCGGUGGCCACUACAACCAGCAGUUGCGUGUGUUGACGAACCAGUAUGGCGUAAAUGUAUAUGAUAAAGAGACAGGAGACAAAGUGGCCGGCGAGGAGUUGAAGAUUUCGCCAGAAAUCCAGGAAAUGUCUGAGACUAUCAGCACAUUUAGGGAUGAUGAGCUCGAGCAUUUGGACACGGCGGUGGCCCAUGAUGCAGACAAGGCUGUGCCAUACAUGCUUUUGACCGAGGGCAUCAAGAUGGUCUGCAGAGGAGCCAUCUGGACCGCAGAAAGAAUCUAA